CGAGCAAGGCGAGCGGGCAUUGGCCGGGGCAGCGCGAGGCGGGCCCCGGUUAUUGUCCGGGCUCUGGCGGCCGCGGCGGCAACGGCGGUCGGUGCUGCAAUAGCGGCGGCGGCGGCUCGGCGGGACCGAGGGCACGAGCGGCCGAGACCAUGGCUGGAGGCAAAGCUGGAAAGGACAGUGGAAAGGCCAAGGCCAAGGCAGUGUCUCGCUCACAGAGAGCUGGGCUACAGUUUCCUGUGGGCCGCAUCCAUAGACAUUUGAAGACUCGUACCACGAGCCACGGAAGGGUCGGUGCCACUGCUGCAGUGUAUAGUGCUGCGAUUCUGGAGUACCUCACCGCUGAGGUGCUGGAGCUGGCAGGUAAUGCAUCCAAGGAUCUCAAAGUUAAGCGGAUCACUCCACGCCACUUGCAGCUUGCAAUCCGUGGUGAUGAAGAGUUGGAUUCUCUUAUCAAAGCUACCAUAGCUGGGGGUGGAGUGAUCCCUCACAUCCACAAGUCUCUGAUUGGAAAGAAGGGACAGCAGAAAACUGCUUAGAGAGUUGUUUUAACCAACCCUCUUCCUCCCUGUCAUUGUACUGUAACGGGACAGAAGAAAUAAUGGGGUUAUGUGGAAUUUUUAAAACAGUUAAAUGGAAAACCAUAGACAAUUACUGUAGACAUGGUAAAAGAAACAUUUGUACGUUCUUAGACUCGAAGUUUGAUAAAAGUACCUUUUCAUGUGGCAACAGUUGUGUUGAUUGGCUAGGUUUCUCCCAUGUGUUUUAUACAAAAAUGGAAUUGAUAAAAACCAUUUUUUAAAAAAAAUAA